GAUGCCGGUAAUGAGUCCCCAUCGUUGUCUUCCACAUCCACUUCGAGCACUAAUUCCUCUCAUGUGGGACGUACAAAACGUGCGCGUCAGACCAUUGCUUUGCCUCACGUGGCUGACAUAAUCAUGCAGCAUCGAAGACGUGUGCUCGGGUCCAAAUGCCACGUGACUUUAUCCGGUUUGGCCCCCUCACACAUCCCGGCUGAUCGUUGCCUUGCCGGUCGGAUUGUCCGGAGUCUGGGUGCGGUGUUGCAUUUCGGGUUACGUUUACCCCCAUUCGUUUCCGCUAUAAGCUCGAAUUCGAAACCUUCGAAUGAACCGGUAGAGCAACCUGGGACGGUACCGAAGGAACCGAGUGAUACCAAUUCGAAGAUUCCACCAGUCCUUUCGCGAUAUCCUCAACCACAACAGAAUCCACAGAUCCACAAUAUCGACAUCGUCGACAUUAUCAUACUCAUCGACAUCAUCGAAAACAUCACCGUCGCAGCCCAAAGCACCGAUCACAUGACGCGAACAGCGGUGGCAACGGUGACUCAACCGAAGAAAUCAACAUCAGCCUCGGUCCUUGAUCAGCAGAACGAAGAUACGUCUUCUGAAUCGCCUUCUUUAUCCACUUCGGACUCAGAUGUGGAUCAUGUGAUUCCUUCUUCUGUUCAGUCAGGAUGUUCCAAUCCCAUUACCGUCUCUUCACCGUCAUCGUCAAAAGCUGUACCGAGUACUACUGGCGCUGCAGUUGCUUUAAUUAAAGAUGCGGAUGAGGCAGACUUUGAUGAAUCGGGCUUAAUAAGCGAAGUGGCUGACGUUGACGAGAUCGUUUGCAAUGAUGAUGAAAACGGUGGAGUCUGUCAGUUGACUGAAGGAGACUGCACUGAAACAACCGAUACGGAAGACAGGCCACCGGAAGACACUGAUGACCCAGAAGCUGAACUGCGGGAAUUUUUACCUCCACCAAAAUCACUGAUCUUGGCCGAUAAUCCAUUACUUCAUUUACCACCACUCGCGACCAGCCAAAUGCUUGCAGAAAUAGAGGAUGCAGUCAUGGAGGAAGAGACCGCCCGAGCAACCAGUGUCCCCGCAGAAGCUGAACUGUACGAUCCGGCUAGAUUACUCUCUGGACUAGACGAUUCGUCUAGUAGUGAUUCUCCUGUUCUGCAAUCUCAGUGCCAAUUCCGCACCCAAUCACCUCAUCGGACCAUUCGUCUAGGAAGCGCCAGAUCACACGGUCGAUCCGUCGCACAUCCACCAAGUCGUAAUCAUCGGGAGUUAGCGGAUUUGGAUCAGCAACAAUGUCGCUGGCAAGUAAGUGCUUGUUCGUCAAGUCAAAUUCAUCUGCUGAGUUGUGCCAUCCGAAUCCCACAGAGUUGUUAUAGUCUCCAUCAUUUGAAGCAGGGGUUUCUUCGUAUGAACUUGAAACCCAACAAUAUCAUCAGGUUUCAGUGGUUGACUCCAUAG